UUGUGUCCCUCCUCGCUUGCAGUGUUCCUGUAGGCACUGGGACGUACCACAUACACCAAAAACAUGGGGGUGAGCAUGAGAUUUUGCCGUGGAAUUCCAGCGCACAUACGCGGUACCUCAGCCCAGUAAGUCACAGCACCAGCCUAAUCUUCAGCAAAAACACCAGUCAGCUGGGCAAUAAGGCACCGGUUCACCGGACUGAAACGUUUACUCCUUGCUGCAUUGAGACUCCCCCCGCUGGGUGAAUGAAUGGUUGAUCCUGUGUUGGAGAGAGUCAGAGAACAGCCGGUGCUUACAUCUUUUGACAGCUCCGCAAGGUGCUGUUUGGGACAAGAGUGGAGGUUGCGAGAGCCGCUUCUUUGGUGGCGUCCACGGGAACAGGUUAGAGGGGCUGCCCGUUGUUCCCCAUUAGCCGCUGCUAGUGAUAGUACUAGUGAUAGUGCUAGUUACCCUUUGGUUUAGGUGCUGCGGGGCUGAUCCCCUGGGAGGAGCCGAGAGAGAGAAGGGGGUCACACCUGGCAAGUGCCAUGCACUGAUCCCCCUCCUUCCAGCCCGCACCGCCCCCUCCCCGGCCAUUCCCGGCACAUAAAUGAUAGAGGAUACCAUGACUUUGCUGUCUCUCCUGGGUAGGAUCAUGCGCUACUUCUUACUCCGCCCGGAGACCCUGUUCUUGCUGUGUAUCAGCCUGGCCCUGUGGAGUUACUUCUUCCACACGGACGAGGUGAAGACCAUCGUGAAGUCCAGCAGGGACGCCGUGCAGAUGGUAAAGGGCAAGGUGGCCGAGAUGAUGCACAACGAGCGCCUCGGAGGGAUCGACGUGCUGGAAGCGGAGUUCUCCAAGACUUGGGAGUAUAAGAGCAACAAUGUGGCCGUCUAUUCCAUCCAGGGCAGGAGGGACCACAUGGAGGACCGCUUCGAGAUCAUCACCGACCUGCUCAACAAGAGCCACCCUUCUAUCUUUGGCAUCUUUGAUGGACAUGGAGGAGAGAUCAAGUCACUGAAAGAAAGGUGCCCAGGGUCACAGGAAAAUGUGCCUAACGCAAACUACAUCCAGAUCGGACGCUCAAGCCCACAGUUUAUUCUUGCUGCAAGAUGUACCCAAAAUUUAAAUAAUUAGUAGUCUGUGGGCCUAAUCCAUUAGGGAAUGUGAGCUGACCAGUUUCUUUACCAGAUAUUCAACUAGUGACUUUACAACAACACUUAUCAUGUGGCCCACUUUGCAUGAAUUUACAUUGUGAUGCAACUGGGACGGCCCCUAGCAAACCACAAUGAAGGAGAAGUAUAUGCUUUUGACUUGUUUGUUUUGUGUAGAAUCAUCCAUUGACAGUAUAUAAUAGUAUAUAUUAUGUGUAACUCUUGGAUGUGCCCAAACAUCCAAAUUGGCAGCCAAAGGGGGGGGGGUACCUGUUGUUUGCCAAUGUGUUGUCAUUCAGUUAUUUGAGAGAUUCUUGACCUUCUCCCAACAACAUAUACAUAUGCAGCCCAGUAGAACUCAUUGAAUGCAGCUAAUACUGCCUUCUGCUGAGCCUUCAUGUUUUGGAGUGAAUCCUUCGAGGAUAGAAAUUGCUUUAAAUGGACCCAGUAGAUGUUUCCUAAAGCCCCUGGUAAACACCUGUAUUAGUCAUUCACUAGAAAGAUAAAAGCCUGGCUGUCCCUGAUAUCCCAGUUUUAUGUAUUAAGGUGAUAUGUGCUACCUAGCAGCACUUGCCACUGUUUUUCUUUUUCUGUUUUUUCUAAGUAGCUUUACAUUUGAUGCCAAAAUCACUCCUAGUUAUCCUCGAAUCCAGCUGAAUUCCUACAUAUUAUAUAGAAUAAUUCACUUCAUAGUCUAUUUAUUUAUCAUACCCAGGUCCAGACUGGGAUUCACAAUAGGCCCUGGUAUUCCACAGUACACACAGGCCCCACACAGCCCCCACCAGCUCAAUAAAUGGCAACUUACAGCAGCUCCUCUGGCAUUUGCCAGAACCCACAUAUUGCCAGUCCGGGCCUGCUUUAGACACAGUACAGAUCAGGAAUUGCAUAUGAAGAAGUGUCAAUGAAAACAGAUUCAGGAAUGGAUUUAGAAAGGAAACUGCAAUCUUGAUUAUUGCGGGGAAGUCUGCACUGGGUAAACUACUUGAGAAGUGGCGUAAUGAUAUCCCUGAGUUAGACACUGACGCCUGGAAAGAGGUCCUCGAUUCUAUUUUUGACCAUAUUGUUGCUUCCCGGGAUAAAAUGAUACAAUAUAAGUUUUUACACAGAGCUUAUCUUACCCCUAGUGUGCUAGCCAAAAUGUCCCCAACCCAGGUGGAUGAAUGCCCCAGGUGCCAUCUCUCUCCAGCAGACUUCAUGCACAUGGUUUGGUCGUGUAAUAAGAUACAAAGGUUCUGGAGGGAGAUAGCACAGUAUAUGUCUGACAUGCUGGAUGCACCAAUUAUGGUGGAACCCCGGGGUAUGCUUCUGAAUCAAGUUGCGGAUCUAGCUCCCACGGUAGCGGAGAAAGCAUUGCUUUCCAUACUGUUUGCUUAUGCCCGUAAAUCCAUCACCAUGCAAUGGAAGGCGCCUCAGGCCCCAACUAUACAAUUCUGGGAGACGCAGAUUGCACAUGCAGUACCACUGUACAAACUUCUCUAUAUAAGACGAGGUUGCCCGGCAAAGUUUGAGAAAAUAUGGUCCCCUUGGAUUGACGCACACGAUAGUCACAAUUAGAACCAAGGCAACUACCCUAAUGUUUCCAAGGAUAACCUAAACAGAAAAGGAAAAUAUACAUGCCUACUCAGACCCUUCCCCACCAUAGGUAGAGUGCAAUACAAACAUAAUGAAGUAGUGCAAAGUUAAGUUUAGUUAGGUUUAUUGGUUAUCUAGUAGCAGAGUAAUUAGGGUAGUACAUACAAGGUAUAGAAGCUACAAACGUGGUAAAAGGAUGUCAUGGCUAUGGUAAACUGAUUACAACGCUGUAAUAAUGUCUGUGUUACAUGAAUACACUGAGUAAACUUGUAUCUCAUCCAUGUUAAUGUACUGUAUUGAACUAAAUAAAGAAACUUUUGUUAAAAAAAAGAAAGGAAACUGCAAAUCUCAGUGUUGGUGUCUAUUUUUUUCUGUUGUGUGUAUCAGCUGCUGCGAGGGAUCAGUGGAAGAGCAUUCCUGGAAACAGAGUUGGACAGAUCUGUGUAAGUGUUGGGCCAGAGAGUAACAUGCAGAGCACUGGCACAGAUCACACAGAGAGGAGCCCGUUGGAUUUCCAUAUGCUUAUGUAGCUGGUGCUUUCUGCUACGUAGCUGGAUCUUAGAAUUUUUUUUUUCAGAUAUGAUUGAAGUGCUUUCCAGCCAGGGCUGCCAUCAACAACAUUUUCUGGGCCCCCAGAGCCCACUCCCCAACCCCCCACAGUACAAAGGCCAAACAAACUUGGUCUCUAAAACAGUAAAAAGCCUUUUGGACAAAGGAUUAUUAAUCCUGCCACCACAUCAAACAGUAUAAUUUGUGGCCAGGAGAUUCCUAACAGAUUAAA